AUGAUGCUGUGGGACGCUGUUUUCAUCAUGGAGCUCUUCUUGAGAAAGAAGGAAGGAGAACUUGAUCGUGAUUUCCUAUUUAAGAAUUCCACGAUUAGUAAGAUCAUCGAGAGAGAUUUGAUAUUACUUGAAAAUCAAAUUCCAUUUGAUCUCCUGCAUAGAUUAUAUGAUAAGGUUGUUCCAGCCAGUCGGAAGGAACCCUGUCCAAGAUUUGACCCAGAUGAGAAUGAUCGUCUUCCUAUCAUAAAGACUGCAACAAAGUUGAAAGGAUUAGGCAUAACUUUUGAGAAAAUUUCAAACACAUGUUUGCUAGAUGUCAAGUUCGAGAAAGAGGAAUAUUUGAAUUGGUUGAGUUGCUUUGGCUUCUCGCAAAAGGGGUUCAAAGCUCGUUUGCUAAUCCCAGUAGUGAGGGUUGACUACUCCACAGAAUCUGUCCUACGCGACCUCAUGGCCUUUGAACAAUAUUCCUACCCUAAGCAUCAUUAUGUUUCCAGUUAUGUUGCUCUCAUUGGUUAUCUCACUCACAGUAAAGAAGAUGUAGACGUGAUGGUUGAGGACAAAGUUAUUACUCAUGAUCUGGGGAGCGACAAAGAGUUGGCCCAGCUGAUCAAUAUUCUUUGCAAAAACAAUGUUCUGAAUUGGGCUCCACAUGUUAUGGCACAGUUUCAAACAGAUUGA